AUGUCAGCUCCAGGCGGUGGUCUUCAGGACCUAAACGCCCUACCAUUGCCAUCAACUGACAUCGAUGACACUGACGUCGCCUUCAAUCCGGAUGACUUGGCCAUCUUUACGAAUACACGAUUCUUUGACUUCGAUAUUGGUCCUGAUGACAGGCGCAACCAUAAUAGGGAGGGUGGGGAGACUGGAAGGGCGGAUUUGAUUGAUCCGGAGCUGAAAAAUGGGGGUAUGGAUUUCCUUAAUGACUUUGACCCCUACGGUUAUGAUACGUACCCUUUUGGUCCUACCCAGCCCACCCCAUCUUCUCCAAAUAUCGAUAGAAGCUUCACGCCGUCCACGAUUUCCCCCAGUACUCGCAACCGUCCUGUCAAGCCAUUAGCUCCACUACCUCCACCCCCUCCUGCACCAGCAUCAGAGGCAUCGUCUCCCGGCCAGUCGCCUUAUCCAUCCCGCAGUAACAUGCGAGCCCGAAAAGCAUCAACCGCAAGCUCUUCCGACCAUAUUCAGUCCCCAUCCUCCGAGCAAUUCGGGGACGAACCUGUGUCCCGGGCGGGCGCGGCAGUUGAUGAAGACAAGCGUCGACGAAACACCGCGGCGUCAGCUAGGUUCCGGGUCAAGAAAAAGGAAAAGGAAGCACAGCUGGCAAAAGACGCAAAAGACGCUGCGGAGAAGGUCAGAUUGAUGGAGGCACGGAUUAAGAAGCUGGAGGAGCAGAAUGAAUGGCUGAAGAGCCUGUUGUUGGAGAAGAAGAGGGCUGUGUCGGCAGUUACAAAAGAUGGUGUUGGUGGAAGCACGCCUUCUGGGAACGAUAAGGGGGAUGUAUUGAAGUAG